AUUAAGUGGUGCGAAUCGCCUAGGAUUAUUUAAAUAUAAAUACUCCAUCAUAACAGUACACAGUCAUCAGUUCUCUAUCGUUCUCAUUCAAACGAACACACACAAAACAAACCAAAUCAAAAUGGCAGCUAAGUUGAUCGUCUUUGCCGCUUGCGUAGCAUCCGCUCUAUCCCAAUACAGCGCACCAUCUUACCACUCAGCACCAAAAGCUUACUCCCACGAACCCGAAUACGCACCAUCCCCAUACAGUUUCGAAUACAGCGUACACGACCCACACACCUACGACAUCCACAGCCAAUACGAACACGGAGACGGACACGGAAACGUGAAAGGAUCUUACAGCUUGGUCGAAGCCGACGGAACCAAGAGAAUCGUCGACUAUACCGCCGACCACUACGGAUUCAACGCUGAAGUCAAAAAGGAAGGAACCCCAUCAUACGGAUCCGGCCCAGCCUACAACAAGCCCUCUUACUCCGCUCCAGCUUACUCUGCUCACUCCGCUCCAGCCUACAGACCAGCUCCAUACAAUCAUUGUAAUAAUCAGUUCACUGACCAACCGGUCUAUAACCAAUACAUUUCGGGGCGUGACAUAAAAUUAAGUGGUGCGAAUCGCCUAGGAUUAUUUAAAUAUAAAUACUCCAUCAUAACAGUACACAGUCAUCAGUUCUCUAUCGUUCUCAUUCAAACGAACACACACAAAACAAACCAAAUCAAAAUGGCAGCUAAGUUGAUCGUCUUUGCCGCUUGCGUAGCAUCCGCUCUAUCCCAAUACAGCGCACCAUCUUACCACUCAGCACCAAAAGCUUACUCCCACGAACCCGAAUACGCACCAUCCCCAUACAGUUUCGAAUACAGCGUACACGACCCACACACCUACGACAUCCACAGCCAAUACGAACACGGAGACGGACACGGAAACGUGAAAGGAUCUUACAGCUUGGUCGAAGCCGACGGAACCAAGAGAAUCGUCGACUAUACCGCCGACCACUACGGAUUCAACGCUGAAGUCAAAAAGGAAGGAACCCCUUCAUACGGAUCCGGCCCAGCUUACAACAAGCCCUCCNCCCCUUCAUACGGAUCCGGCCCAGCCUACAACAAGCCCUCUUACUCCGCUCCAGCUUACUCUGCUCACUCCGCUCCAGCCUACAGACCAGCUCCAUACAAUCAUUACUAAGAUGUUCAAAUUUUCUGCCAAAGAAUUUCCUUCAUUUUUCUCCUAAUGGAGAACUACCAUUGUUCUAAAAGUAUUUUAAAUACUUUAUUCGUUGACUGUCAUUUAUUUAAUAUUUUUUUUAUUAAAUAAACGCCAUUAAAAAUUCA